UCUCCUGGUGUUGCUUGGAUAUUAGUUUAUCAACACACUGAAUUUCUGCUACUUCUAAAGAAAGCUACCUUGGGUAUGGAUGUUAGUGUUUAAACCAGGGAACCUCAAUAUAAGGUACAAGACAAAGAAAAAUGGGGAGAAACUUGAAAAGGCAGUACAAGCUCCAGAGUGUUCCACAAAUACCUCGCAUUCAAGUCCCUGCCUCUGCUGCUGACAAUUCAUUACUGAAGGACCUAAAUCAAGGGCAGCGGCGCUACUUCUACAGCAUCAUGAGGAUUUAUGACUCCAGGCCACAGUGGAAGGCCCUGCAGACCCGCUACAUUCACAGCCUUGGGUACCAGCAGCAGCUGGGCUAUAUCACUCAGCAGGAGGCUGUGUCUUGUGCUGCUCUACUUAGACACUCAACCACUCAAGCCUCAGCCAAGAUAGCGCCUCCAAGGGCCAUUCCCCAAAACUCUUCAGCCACACAAAGAAAACGCCAACCAGCAAAACCAGAGUCUAGCCUUGGACCCAGGGCCCCCAGCACAGCACACUGAGCAUCAAGACCCAAGAGGGCAUAAUCUCUAAAAUAUUCAGCUCAUCUGUGUAUUCCUGGCAUCCUAGUGGGUGUUGGUAUGUGUUUGUUGUAUGACAAUGAAUAAAAGAAUACUACUAUAAGCUCUA